UGCGUGAAAAAAGUAAAUCGGUUCCAUUCUCAAUUUUAUUUCAUGUCAGUGAAAAAUAUUGAAGCCAAAAAAUGGCUGCAGUGAAUAUUGUUCGAAGUGCUGUAAGUGGAUUACUCCGAAAAUCCACAACAAUUAAAACUCCGGUUGUAUGCCGGCUAUCUACUGUAGCUCUACAACAAAAAUUCCAUACCGUCAAAGCCAUCGCUAAUCUUUACAACAACAACCACAUACAAAAUGGGGUUCAUAGAUCAAGUCGACAAUAUGCAACCGGGCCCGUGCACAAAGUCACUCAGCAGGACAUUGCGGACCGAGUGAUGAAAGUUAUCAAGGCAUACGACAAACUAACUAGUGUGCAGCUUUCCCUGGACUCACACUUCAUCCAAGAUCUGGGUCUGGACUCCUUAGACCAUGUUGAAGUUAUAAUGGCCAUGGAAGACGAGUUUGGCUUUGAAAUCCCCGACGGAGACGCGGAGAGGCUCCUACGACCCAAAGACAUAGUACAAUACAUUUGUGACAAGGAAGACAUUUUCGAAUAAGCUAUUAGACCAGUAAUAUUCCAAUUGGUCUACCGAUCAGCUUAGCAUCUAGUUUUGUUUUAAUUUUAAAGAACAAACAUCAAACAGCUGGACAUCAAGGGAUGUAAAAAGUGUAAAUUGUUUAUCAUUAUAUGCCUGUUAGAGUAGA